GAAGUAAAAAAUUUCUCAGUAUACCUGUCAAAACGACCUUUCGUAUUAUUGCACAACAUUACUAAAACUCGUACUAAUUAUAAUUAAAGCAGCUUGCAUUAAGGCUUUGUCUACAGUUAAACCUAAGUUACUUAAAAAAAUAAAACAAUAUGUCUUGUCCCUGGGCAAAAAUUGAGAAACCAGAACCAAUAAAUUUAGAAGAAAUUAUGUCAGAAGAAGUUGCACGAGAACUUCAAGCUAAAGAAGAAAAAAAGUUUAAAUCCCAAAUUGAGGGUAAGGGAAAUUUUAUAAUCACCAAAGAAUCUGAAGAUUUACCUCUUAAUGAUUUGAGUCUUACUUCAAAUGGUACUGAGAACGAUGAGAUGAUUGCAAGGACACUGCAAAUGCAAUGGGAUAAGGAAUACGAUGAACAUUUGAAAAGAACGGAAGAAAAGUUCAAUGGUGCUUCUAAAGUUUCAAUAUCGUUCGAAAAUUAUCGCAGGUGUCCUCUUGUGGAUUGUUCAAGUGAUUCUGAGAAAGAAGAAAUCGUAGAUAUAAGAGAUAGAAAAGAUUGGGAUAGAUUUGAUGCUGUAAAAAGAGAAUUUGAUUCAAUACCACAAUGCGGUUAUAAAAUAAAAUCAGAUGGGAAAAUGGUAACCAAACACGACGGCGUGAUGAGUGGAAGGAAAAAUGCUUGCAAACUAUUAUCAUUUCCACCAGAAUUCCAAACAGGAGACGGAGAAAACUUUGAUUUGAAGUUAUCAAACAAAGUUUUCAAUAGUUUAAAAAUGCACUCUAAACAUGAACAAGCUAGACGACGCAAAUUCCACGACAAAAAAGAGGAUCAAGCCACUGCUACAUUUGGUUUUGAUCAACCUACUCGUCUCAUACUUCUUAAAAUGAUUAACAAUCAACUUUUGAGUGAAAUUAAUGGGGUCAUUAGUAUAGGUAAAGAAGCAGUUAUUCUACACGCCAACUUCGAUCCUCUCUUUCCGUUUGAUUCAAAAGAUUGUGUGAUCAAAGUUUUCAAAACCACUCUUUGCGAAUACAAACAACGUGAUCAGUAUAUAAGUAAUGAUCACAGGUUUAAAGAUAGGAUAGGUAAACAAACUGCUAAAAAGACAGUCCACAUUUGGGCUGAAAAAGAAAUGGCAAAUUUGAUGAGAUUAGAAAAAGCGGGAAUUCCAUGUCCUAGAGUAGUUAAGCUGAAGAAACAUGUAUUGGUUAUGUCUUUUAUUGGGGAAAACGGUCGAGCUGCACCAAAAUUGAAAGACACCUUAAUGCAACCUGCUGAUUACAUUAUUGCCUAUGAUCAGGUGGUUCAAGGAAUGAAAAAGUUGUUUGACGAAGCAAAUUUAGUACAUGGUGAUUUAUCAGAAUAUAACAUCCUAUGGCAUGAAGAUCAGUGUUAUUUUAUCGAUGUUAGCCAAGCUGUGGAACAGUGUGAUGAAAGUGCUUUCAGUUUACUCCAUAGAGACUGUAGAAAUGUUACUAAUUUUUUCACGAAAAAAGGUGUACCAGAGGUACUAUCACCCGAAGACCUAUUCAAAUCUAUAAGUGGUUGUGAUUUCAGCGAACAAAUUGCUCUGUCUAAAAUGAAAGAAUCGUUUAAAGUGAAACCUCACCUAUUGGAUAAACCUGGAAUUGAAUUCAAAUACAAUUUUGACACUGCCUGGGAACAAUCACAACUUGGAGUUAUCCCUCCAGUCCAUUCCGUUACGCAAGAACUUGAUUUGAACGUUAACAAAGUGAUACAGGAAGAUACAAUUUUAGUUGAAUCGCCCAAAGCAUAAUUUUUUGGAAUGAAAACUUGAAUCGGUACUAAUAUAUAUACAGGAACAGGAUCAAAAUUUAUAAAUCUUUUUUUAACUAGUAAUUUUUGUUAUAAAAGGAAUUAAAGGUGCAGAAUGAAGUUUUUUUUUCAAUUAUUUCUUUCAAAGUAAUAAUUUUACAAUUUGCUGUUUAUCUUUUCAAGUGACUGACUUGUUGAAAUAUUUUUGUGAUGUUUUUAUCCUUUAUUUAUUAAUUGUAAAUAAAAUAAACGUAUUUCAAAUGGGUUUAAUAAAUAUUUUUAUCAAUA